AUGAAAAUGAAGUAUCUCAGUGCUGACACAGGAACAGAUCCUGAGUUUAUUAGGCAAGCUGUAGAAGAAGCAAAAGAAUUAGUUUUACGGUGUAUUGACAAGGGAGAAAACAGUGACCAAGUAGGAUGGUCUGUCGCAGAGGAGGAGAACAUCCCUGGAGAUGCUUUAACACCAGUGGAGGUCUCCCACGUUGAGACAGAAACUCUGUUUGCUAAAGACCAGGAAAUAAAAGGAGAUUUGGAAGAACUCAGCAAUCUAGAGGGAUCAGACUAUUCAUUCCAAACAACUAUGGAAGAGCUUGAGGAAAACCAGAAAGAUAUUCAACUUCCUGUACAGGAACCCCAGAAUAAUGAUAACAAGAAGCAGCAGCAUGAAAAGAUGCAGGGAGCCAUCAGAGACAUGAAAACAUCAUCUUUCAUCUCAGAUGGUAAAACAGAGAGCAUGGAUACUAAGUGUCAUAUGGCACAUUUGGACAUGAAGGGAGGAACCAGGGCUUUGCAGUCAGAAGCAUCCACCGAUGCAGAGGAUCUGGAACAGCUCUGUGGCAAGCAGGUCACAGCAGCUGAUAUUGAGCUUGAGAGGAUGAGGUGGUAUUUUGUGCUGGCUAAACUGAAAUAUGAACAUGAGGAUAAUGAAAACCAAAGGCUUCAUGAAGAGAGAAUAGAGCAGAUUCAUCAACAAGCAGUAAAAAGAUCGUUUAGCCAAGGACUCCAAGACCUACUCCAGCCCGCAAACCAGUAUGCCUUGUUCCUAUACUGCUUCAUCGUUAUUCAUGUUAUUUAUACAGUAAAGGAGCUGGCCUUCUACUUCUUCCAAACCCAUUACCUGUUCUGUUUUGCUAUUGUGCUCUUUUUCAUUCUCAAAAAGAUUUGGAAGGCUAAGAAGAGGGGACGAGGAAAAGGGCAGCGCAGCAGAAAGGAAGAUCUUGCCGGAAGAUCUUGCCAGAAGAUCGUCCGCUAUUUUCAGUCCCAACCCUGCGAAGCUCAGCAGGCCAACCGAGCCCCAGCGGAAAGCAUCAGGGAGAUGGCUCGCUUUCACCGCGCCGGCUGA